AUUAAUUCUUCUGUUUUGUUGGAAGAACAAAAGUAAGCAUUGCUUCGAGUUGCAAACUAGCAAUUGCUUUACAGCAGUCCAAGUACUGGACAUGUGCCACAAGUCUGCUAGCUCUGGUUCGCUUUCUUUUUUCGGGUUUUAUUAUUAAAGGUAAAGUAGAGGAGACAGUCCGUGAAUGGGAAUGGUGGACCAUCAAUCCAGACUUGGAGUGGGUAAACACUUUACUUUGGCAUGGGAAGGUUUGCUAUGCUUCUUACUUGGCCUUAGCUCGUCUUUGUUGUAGCGGAGCUGUCAGCUGCAGCGGUAAUUCAUCAGCAAGCAGGGGUCUCUGUCAACAUCCUUUGCCUUCUGCGUCGAAAUUGACUUCGCUUCCCCAUCGCAGCAGCGUUUAAAUCACUGAGGACACAAACAUCAUCAUGGUGGCAAUGCGUGUAAAGAAGAAACGCGACACUCAUACUCAAUCGAGAAGCCCAGUCAAGAUGGGAGGAAUAGCAGCUCUUCUAGCAAUUCUCCUACUUGUCUACGCGCAAGAAACAUCAGCAGAGCUGAGAAGCCCCGGAACAUGGAACCUGCUGGUGAACAAUGCAGGAAUCUCCGCAAUGCACAUGGUUCUCACGCACAACAACAAGGUGAUCCUCUUCGACGGCUUCAGCUCGGGUCCUUCCAACAUCAGCCAGCCGAGUGGAGAAUGCAAGAACACCGGAAGUCGAAUCCCGGGGAAGCUCGACUGCAGCGCACACUCGGUUGAGUACGACGUCGCUACCAACACCAUCCGGCCGCUAACAAUCUACACAGACACCUGGUGCUCGUCGGCGGUCACUAUAGCAGACGGUACGCUUGUCCAGGUUGGUGGUCUCAACAAUGGCUCACAGACCGUGCGGCACCUCGCUGCCUGCCAGAGAUGCGACUGGGUUGAAUCACGCCAGAGGCUCGCGGUGAAGCGGCGGUUUUCGAGCAGCCAUCUCUUGCCGGACAACCGCGUUAUUGUCGUCGGUGGCCGCGGACAGUUUAGCUACGAGUUUGUCCCCAGGCAGGACAACGAAGGCGUCCACGAGCUCUCGUUCUUGGCGGAGACCAACGAUCUAUCGCAGGACAACCUCUACCCGUUCGUCCAUCUCACACCGGAUGGGAACCUGUUCGUGUUCGCAAACUCCGAUUCCAUUCUCCUCGACUACAAGACCGGCAAAGUCGUCAAGCGGUUUCCCAGAAUGCCAGGCCUCGAGGCUCGAAACUACCCGUCCUCGGGCUCCUCAGUGAUGCUGGCACUCGAGGGAGCGUCCGACUACUCGGACGCGCAGAUCCUCGUCUGUGGAGGCGCCGAUCCAUACAACUACGCGCAGGCCAGCCGGGGGAACUUCCUCAACGCGUCGCAAAACUGUGGCAGAAUCAAAGUGGGCGACGCGUCGCCGAGCUGGGCGAUGGAGGCCAUGCCGAUGCCGCGCGUCAUGGGCGACAUGCUCUUGCUUCCAACCGGGGACGUGCUCAUUAUCAACGGCGCACAGCGCGGUACCGCCGGGUGGCGCAACGCCCGCAACCCAGCACUCCAUCCAGUGCUCUACAAGCCAAACUUGAAGCUCUACAACCGGUUCCAGACGCUCACCGCCGCUUCUCGCCCGAGGCUCCACCACUCAUCCGCCAUCCUCCUUCCAGACGCCAGCGUCCUUGUCGGCGGUAGCAAUCCAAACGGGCGGUACUCGUUCGCCACUGCCACAGACGGGGUCUAUCCAACCGACGUCUCACUCGAGGUGUUCUCUCCGCCUUAUCUCGACUCGGACUAUGCCGCGCGGCGUCCCAGCGUCACCUCGGUCAGCACCGCCAGCCCCGCCCACGGCGCCCGGCUCACCGUGCGGUACCGCCUGCGAGGACACUUCUUCCCCGGUACCACCAGCGUCGCACUGCUCGCGCCACCUUUUGCCAGCCACGCGGUCUCCAUGGGCCAGAGAAUGAUACGGCUACCACUCCACAAUGUGACGCUCGUGGACGAUGCUCCAGCCUCCAUCUCUGGCCGAGUCCCAACUUACGAGAUCGAGACCACGGCUCCUCGCAGCGCCAGCGUUGCUCCCAGCGGUUACUAUAUGCUCUUCGUCGUCCAUGCCGGACUUCCAAGCCAUGCUACCUGGAUCAAUCUAAUGUGAUGAGAAGGAAAAACCAUAGAAUCAAGUAAAGAGAUUUACCAAGUGAA